AUGCAGCUAUCUAAUAAAGUUAAAGUGUCGUUAAGAGGAGAACGCGUUCAGCCUGAACAAAUCGUUUUUCUCGAGUGCGAUUUUGAGAUAGAUCAAUGGAUAUUCGGCAGUAUCCUUUUGAAAUUUAAUGAAGUAGGAAACUGCAUACCGGUAAGAUUUGUUGGAGCUACUGACGUUUAUAGACGAAUUACUCGAUUCGGGUCAUCCAUGUUCCAAUGUUUCUGGCGAUUCCAGUUCUAG